AAUUUGUUAUUAACUUCAAAUUGCAUUAAUAUAAUUUAACCUAAGAUUGUUAAAAACUUUCAAAAAGUGUAAAAUGGAGGACAAAAAAUUAAUAAAGCUUCUUAGCGAAGAAAUUAAAAAAAAAAGAAUAAUAUAUGAUAAAAAAUUUGAGAUUCCCAAGCACGGCAACCGUCAUCGAUUGAUCAAAACUGCUUUCGCGGAAAUUGCGAAUGAAAUUAAAAAUAACGAACGCAGUUAUUCCUGGUUAAAAGGCGGAGAAGUAGAAAAUUUAUAUAAAAAAAUUAGGAACAAAUAUUGCAUAAUUUCAAGAAAAGGCUUCAAGUCACUGGAAGACCAGAAAUUUUUAGAAAACUUUUCAUUUUUCAAAAAUGUCGUCGAAAUACGAAGCGCAAAAAAAUAAACUAAAAUUUCGAUAAAUUAAAUGCAAGCAAUGUUUUAGGUUUAAGAUCAUAUAUUUUACUAUAUUUAACAUUUCAAGUUAUUGGUAUGUAUUUUUAAAUAAAUAUCUCCAAAACUCGCUAUUUCAAAUAUAAAUUUUUUUUUCGAAAUUUAAGAAUUGUUUACCUUUGAAAUCACAGUGGGCACAGCAUAAAUUAAAAAAAUUAAAAAAAAAUUAUUUCACUUCUUGGGGCUCCGAAAAAAGAAUUAUUUUUG